AACACCUUGACAACGUAAACAAUAUGGAGUACACUGGCAGCAGUUACGAAGGAGAGUACAAAAAUGGACGUUUGGAAGGAAAGGGGAAAUACACUUUCCCUACUGAGACCAGAUAUGAAGGUGACAUGAAGGAUGGUAUGUUCCAUGGCAAGGGGACACUCUUCUUCCCAAAUGGAAGCAAAUUUGUGGCAGAUUGGGAGAACGGAGUAGCUACACAGGGCAAGUACACCUUUGCUGAUGGUCUGGAGUUUGAUGAGGAAGACUGGGAAUACUGUGAUGGAUAUGACAGGAGGUUUUAUACAGAAAUUUGUAAUGGACUUCAGCCUGCUGGCCGAUCUCAACUGACGAACAGAGUUCCACCUAGGGACAUACCCGAGGGCUGUUACGACUGUGGGGACGGCUUUUAUAACCCAGUCACAAGAGUUGUAAUAGACUACAAUCACAAGUUUCUUCGAAAUGCAGAUGAUGAUGAACAUGACUGGAUAGUGAAAACGUGUAGAAAGGGUUGGGAUGAGUACGUGGGAUAUCAACAGCCAAAGUAUGAAGCUUAAAUAUAUCAUCAUGGUGCAAUGACUCAUUCUGUAUAAAGACUCUUUUUGUAAUUUUUUUUUUUU